CCGUAGCGGGCUGCUGUCCGCCUCCCUCCCGGCCUCCUGCUCCUCGGCGCGUUCCCCAACCCUGUACCCGGCGGGCCCAUGCUCGGGCCCGGCGCCGCCUUCCGCUGGGAUCUGUUCCCAGGCCCAGGGACGCCGGCCCCACCCCAGUUGCCUAGGUGACAAGGGGCCGCUUCUCUCGGCCGAGAUCGCGGCAAUGUCGCAGGGGACGACUCCUUGGGGGACGACUCCUUGCGGGCCGACCCCGGCAGGGCAGACCCCGGCGGGAACCACGCCCGAAUCGGAGAGAGACGCUGAAUUCCAGGAGCAUGAAAAGAUUCUGUCUCCGGAUUUUCUUUCAGUUGCCCAAAUCACUGAUUUGUUAACGGAGGACAUCGAUGGAGUUCAAGAAAAACUGGGAACAUUUUUGAAUUUCAAAAACCUUGAAACUUGUUUAAAGGAUGCCAUUCUGCUAGAUUAUUAUGUAUCUGGAUUUUUGUGGGCUAGAGGAAUGGAUUUUUCUAUUAUUCAAUAUUCAAAAUUUAUGACUUUACUAGCUAUGUUACUUCAAAAUCUUAAAACACUACAUAUGUCCUUAGAGGAAAGCAUAAAAUGGCUUGGAGAAGUUAUGGCUGAAAUAGGACCAACACAUUUGCAAAAAAGUGAGGACUGGAAUAUCUUUGAUGUAAAACAAGCCAAUGCUAUCAUUGAUUACUUAAAAAUCAGCUUAUUUCAACACUACAAGCUAUACGAGUUUAUGUUCUACUCUGCCAGGGAAGAAAUUGUGAUAGGAACUGAGGGGAAUCAAAACUCUGAAUAUGAGCAUGUCAAGGUGGCCAGGAUCAAGAGGACAAGAUUACAGGAAGAAGAUGGGUACACAGAAGUGAACCUGAUACUGUGUGACAGCUUUUCACUCCAGGGAUUUGCUGAUUCUUAAGCCAUGGUGGUCAAAUGACCCAAAUGUAUACUACAAACCCCAAAUCAAUCACCAAAAACAAACAAAAACUUAUAGCUAAAAAUCAAGCAGAAGGGAUAACAUUAAAUACAAAAGUACUCAAUACAAAAGAAGGCAGAAAAAGAGAACAAAGGCGUUAUGGGAUAAAUAGAAACAAAUAGUCAAGAUGGUAGAUUUAAACCAAACUAAAUCAGUUAUCACACUAAAAAGAAAUAUAUGCCUAACCAUAUAAAUUAUCACAUUAAACAUAACACCUCUUGUGAAAAGAAAAAAGGUAAAGAUGAUCAGAUUGUCAACUAUAUCACCCACUAUAUAAUCCCUACAAGAAUAAGGACAUAAACAGUUUGCAAGUGGGGAAAUUAUGGAAAAUAUGUAUACCAUGUUAACAGCAAUCAUAAAAAGCAGGAUUGGUUUUAUAAGUAUCAGACUCAAUAGCUGUCAGAGCAAAGAAUAUGACCAGUGAGAAAGAAGGUGAUUUCCUAAUAAAAAGGGCAUCAAAUCAUCAAGAGGACAUAACAAUCUUAAAUGUUUAUAUACUUAACAGAGAUUGAAAAUAUAUGAAGCAAAGGCCAAUAAACCUACAAGGAAAGUAGAAAUAUUUACUCUUAUAAUGGUAAAUGUCAACACUCUUUUAGCAAUUGAUAAAGACAAAGUUAGUAAAAAUAUAGACAAUUUGAACAAGACUAUCAAAUAGUUUGACAUCAUUGACAUUUAUAUAAGGAGAACAACAGAAAACAUUCAUUUUAAUUGCACAAAAAAUAUUUACAAGUUAGUUCAUAUUCUAGACCAUAAAACAAGUCUAAAUUAAUUUCAAAAGAUUCAAAUCAUACAAAGUAUGCUUUCUGAUCAAAAUUGAAUUUUAGAAGUCAGUAACAGAAACUCCCAAAUAUGUACAGACUAAAUACACAGUUCUCCAUAACCCAUGGAUAAAAGAAGAAAUAAAAAAGGAAUUUAAAAAGCAUUUUGAAUGGGGUGAAAAUGAAAGCACAAAAUAUCAAAAUUUGUGCUAUUGUGAAUAGUGCUGCAAUAAACAUAUGUAUGCAUGAUCUAUAAUCCUUUGGUUAUAUACCUAGUAAUGGGAUUGCUGGGUCAAAUGAUAUUUCUGGUUCUAGAUCCUUGAGGAAUCGCCACACUGUCUUCCACAAUGGUUGAACUAAUUUACACUCCCACCAACAGUGUAAAAGCGUUCCUAUUUCUCCACAUCC